UUCCUCCAAAUACUUAUAAAUUGGCUUCCCUACUUCUCCAUUUUCCAUUCUCAACCUUCUCUACUUGUUUUUCUAUCAAAAUCAUGGCCCUAAUCCCAAACUCAAAAACCUCUGCACUCUUCCACCUGCUCCUCUUUAUAUUAGGCAAUAUAGCAUAUGCCACAGUGUUUACCCUGGAGAAUCAUUGCAGUUACACAGUUUGGCCGGGCACACUUUCCGGCAACGGCGUCGCCACCCUCGGAGACGGCGGUUUUCCCAUGGCGCCGGGUUCAUCGGCCCAGCUCACCGCCCCGUCGGGCUGGUCCGGCCGCUUAUGGGCCCGGACCGGGUGCAGCUUCGACGCUUCCGGCAACGGAAAAUGCUUAACCGGAGACUGCGCCGGAGGAAUGAGGUGCACAGGAGCCGGCGUUCCGCCCGCGACGCUGGCGGAGUUCACCGUCGGAUCCGCCGGCAAAGGCGGCGGCAAGGACUUCUACGACGUGAGCCUGGUGGACGGUUACAACGUGGGCGUGGGCGUGCGGGCUACCGGCGGAACCGGUGACUGCAAGUACGCGGGGUGCUCGGAGGACUUGAACGCGGCGUGUCCAGCGGAGUUGCAGGUGAAAGACGGCGGCGGCGAAGUGGUGGCGUGCAAGAGCGCAUGCGCGGCGUUCAACACGGCGGAGUUUUGCUGCACCGGCGAUCACUCCUCGCCGCAGACGUGUUCGCCGACGCUUUAUUCGAAGAUUUUUAAGAAUGCGUGCCCCGCGGCUUACAGUUACGCUUACGAUGACCCUUCAAGCAUUUGCACUUGUUCUGGAUCUGAUUAUGUUAUCACUUUUUGCCCUUCUCAUUAAUAUCUCCGUGGAAAAAAAAUAUUAGUGGACACACCAAAUUAUACUAUACUAUAGACCAAAAUAAUAAAACUAUGAGUAUGAUCAUAGAUUCUAGAUAACAUAAUGUAAUAAGCAAAGACAGAAUUGCAAUUGAAAUAAUAAGUGUCCGUCAAGAGUUUGGUAAUA